CAGAAAAACAUGGCGGACGUCUGUUUGGAUUCUGACUUGACCUAAUCGUGUUUGUUUUGUACUUUUUUAUGGUAUGGAACAUCCAACCAAGAAAUUAACCUAAAUUAACAAGACUUUUAACCCUGGAAAUGCAAACAUGAGCGUCUCCACAGUAGUAAAACCAAGCGAAUCACCUCACAUUUCCACAGGAGAAACCUCCCGCGCUUCUCGUGGUAAAAACAAGCUUGUUAAAACACCAGGUUCGCCCUGCGUUUUACCAAUACUCGAGGGAGGAAAAUCACAAGGUGACGAAUUGAAACAUGAAAUUAUGGAUUCUGGUGGACAAAGUGACAUUUUAGAUCGUGAUAAAACGUUCUUAACCGGGAUGAAUGACUUUAUUCCGGAUGACAUUUUGAACAGUUUGACCCAGCAGCCGAUCCCGCCUUCACGCGAACAGUUAGGACCACCAACAAAACACAAGAGGCUUAAACCUCUCGAGGUAGGGGGUUAUAGUUAUGAAGUCAGAGUAAUGAGUCAAUAAUUCUUUAUUUUUUCAGCCAUAGACUUUUAAAAGCGGCUGUGAAAUAUACAUGUUCAUGUGGUAAUGUACAUUUAAGUUUCCAAGUUAGGAAGUGUUUAGAUACCCGGCAGCCGGGAACUGUUUUCAAAAAGCUAGAUGCCCGGCAGUCAGAAUUUUGAACAAUUUUCUCGGAAUAGCUCGUUUAAUUCCUUUAAGAAAGUAAGCUAUUUGUUUGGCAAUCUCAAGCGAUUGUAAAUAUUGCCUUGGGUUAAAAGCAUUGGCGACUGUCGAGCUUGGGCAUAGAGUGAAAGCUCAAUGUUUUCGACACUUAGAAAAUAUUCAAGUCCUGACACACUGAGUCAACUCCUGAUGAAUAUCCACAGGAAUUAUUGACAAAACCUCACCAGAGUAUUUAGUGUUUGUUCAGAAAUGCCAAGCGAUUCUAAAUAAAGGUUUCGUAUUGCACAGUCUGUUUAAGUUAAUUACUUCAUGUACAUCGUCAUAUGUAUGCAACCUAAAUGUCCUAUCAUUCUUGAUAUUAGGCUGAUUUAGCAACAGAAUGGGAACGUCAGUUGACGACGGGAAAGUGCACAGAAAAGAAAUUAAUGCUACUUCCGGUGCUCAAUUUGCUGCUCUGCCAUUGGUCAAGCCAGUGGCAAUGAUUUGCGCACGCCAUCGUCAACUGAUGUUCCCGUUCCUAUUCUAAAUCAGCCUCUGGUAUUAAAAUGGGUUGGUUUGCAGUCUUUUUUUCCAUACGAUGUUGCAUUGAUCUUGCUGCAAAAAAGAUUCAGCUCACAUUAUUUUCAUAAUACAUGCCUGGACUUACUAGCUUGGCUUCUCUUUAAAAGUGAUUGAAAUUCUCUCAUAGCAGGGUCAAUCUUAUUAUGUGAUCUGGGGUGCGAUCGUCGUCAGUUAAAAUUCCUGGAAAUUUUAAAUCCAAUUGGCAGAACUGCGAAUAACAGUUGGUCACCAUACACUGUGAUUUGCAUUCAGCAUGAUUACUCACCAGGCUUAGUUCAAAUACUAAAGACUACCUUGAUUUCUGCAGCAGUUGAUUUGCAUAUCUGACAACUUUCCUGGUUUGCCCAAGUAAAAGUGUGACUUGUUCAAACCUGAUAAGAAUGAAAAGAGCUAUUUUGAUGUUGUAUUUCAUUUUGCCUCCAAAGAAUUUUGGAAAUUCUCUCCAGGGGAGUAACCCCUAACAAAAUUAAUGCACUUGUAGAUGCACAUGGUUUACAAAUUUCAUUGAAUAUCUAAUACUUCAACAAUAAUUUACAAUAUUUGUUUGCUUUAAAUUCAAUCUGUAGAUAACUCCACCAGCUCGGAGAAGGCCAGCCAAUGUGUGGAAUUUCCCUAGAGGGAGAGAAAAGUUGAAACAUCUCGCGGAACAGCCCCCUUGUAUGUGUGGAGCAGGAAGGUAAGGGUUUCCUCUUUUCCUUUCCUAACCUGAACUUGGAAGUAUUCUUGUGGCAACACUGUAAUUUGCUAGUUAAGUCACUAAGAAAUGAAAUUAUACUGAGAAAAUUUGGUCUAAUCAAGUCAGAAACAUACAUUGUAUUUGCAUCCUGACACAAUUUUUGCUUCAGUGAAAAUAGAAGAGAUAGGGAAAAAAUUUCACAAUCAUGUAAUGAGUAGCAAUUUUUUACUCAUGAAAAUAUCCUUCUCUCCAGAGGGUUCACAGCGAGUUUUUUUUGUUUGCAUGACCCCCUUCUCCCUGUCCUCCUAGAAUGUGUAGUUCCAGAAAAUAUCCAGACUCCCUCCAAAGAAGGGAUUGGAAAUUCCUGGGGGGUGGGGAGUUCUCAGAGUCCCAAGAAUUUAAGUAAAUGUAUGAAGCUUGACUGGAAUUUACGGAGGGGGGAGGCUGUCCUAAGGAAAAAUCCCUUCCAUUGGGGAGGUAUGGAUAUUUUUGGAACUUGCACCUAAUAUCAAUUAAAGCUGCAGAAUUUCGUAAAACAUAGAAAAAAAUGACCUGUAAGACCACACACUCAAUGAUCGUUUAGGUGGUGGGCAUGGAUAAUUUCUGUAACUGCACAACUGCCCAAUGUUUCGAAUCUACAACUGAUGCAUCUAAGAUUAAAGAGAAGUCAAGGCCUUGAAUUAGGAGAUCAGUUCUAAGAAAACGACAAAGCCGAUAAUAUAUUUGUGUUUCUUGUUUUAUCAUUUUUUCAUAGAGAUAUAUCUUUUCUAUAUGAUGCCACUGGGCCAGACAAGACAAGCCUGGACUCAGCUGGAAAAUCUCUGGUUACACCUGCCUCUGAUAAAAGCAAAACAUCACCAAAACACAAGCAGCUGGACUUUGUUGGGAAAAGUAAAGGCGAAAGUGGCCAGGAAGAUGUGGUAAACAUUAAAACAUGUCAAAAUAUUAAUAUUAAUAAGACAGUUUGUCAGAUUAAAGUCAAUUUCUCUGUUAUGGUGAAAUAAAGAAAUUGAAUUUAACGUUAUUUAUAUCUAGGAGAAAUUUGUGCUACUUCUAGGUAAACGUCACCCCAAAAGAUAGGGAUUUUGAGCCGUGUUGGUCUAAAAACAAUGUAAAAAAUGCAUCUUUCCAGGGAACCAAAAUCAGACAGCUGGGUUCAAAUAUUUCGGUUUUGUUGCAAUGCUAGGCAUCCUUCCCAGCAAAGCCACAGUAAUCUGAUUCUUUGUUAUUUAUACUGUUAAUUUGUGCUUUAGGAGGUGACAUCACAGAUUCCUGACACCCUUGUCCCAGCUGAAUAUCACAUUGUUAAGAACCCUGGUGUCCUGGGAUUAGAAUUCCAAGAAGAGUAAGUUGUCAGGUUCUUGCCACAAAAGCUCUCUCUUUUCAAGCAGUUUAUUGCUUACUCUACAUUCAUGCUUACCUUGAUUCUAGUUAAAUUCACAGCAUGAAUUGCUCUUGUUUUCUGAACGUAGACUCAGCCACAAGUAAAUUGUGUGGAUUUUUUUGGAAUGGGAUGAGUAGGCUAUAAAGUGCUUUGGUCUCCUGUGCAUAUUGCAUUUUUGGUAAUCAUGGAUUACAAUGCAUGUUCUUUAAUUUUGAGUUCAUGGCUUUUUUAAUGGUGUGAAAAUAAUUAUGUAUUCUUUUUAUUUUAGCAAGUAUACAACUUACGUUAAGGGACAUGAAGAUCAUCUGACUGUGUUCCCUUCAAUGUAAGUGUUACCAUAGAGAUUUUUGAAUAUAAUUGAUUAUAAUUAAAAUGAUAUGUUUACAUACAUGCCAACUCUCCCAGAUUAUCCGUGAAUCUCCUGGAUAUGGCACCUAUCUCCCACUCUCCCGUAUGGGUCAUCAAAUCUCCCAGAUAUAAAAAAAAUCGUCUUUUGACCUUUGCUGCGCUUUAGUUUGAGAUUUAGCAUUUGAUUUUUUCAACUUGUUGUAAAGAUUACAUCAGUCUUAAAAUGAUGAUCGCAAAUUUUGAUAGUAUGCACCUCAUGUUAGACGUCCUAUGAUGUCCUAAAUCAUUCCCACUGGGGACUGGAUCAAUUUGCCGGGAGGGAUGGGGGAGGGUCCCGUUGAAAUUCUGGGGGUGUGGGGUGGUAAAAAAAGAGAGAGUCUCCAGAUUUUAUAUCUCCACAGGUUGGCAUAGACUCUGUAUUUAUUAUAGUUUGUACCCUGAACAACAGAAAAAAGUGCUCAUGAACCUUUUAACCUGGCUUGUGAUGUUAUAUGAUGGUGCACGGGUGCAGUUUUGAUCUUGUAUUGCAUCUGAUCAUGAGAAAGACUUUAGUUCCAGUCUGAAAUCAGUGCUAAUUGCACCAAAUAUCAAACAUCUAUGCUGCAUGUAUAAUACCAUUUAGCUUCGAAACGCUAUGCAGAACCUCCAAAAUGUUAUAAUUUUUGAAUCUGAUGACCAUACACCCCUGUUAGUGUUUUUAGCCGAAUUUUCUCCAGAUAAUUUGCAUAUUUCCAGCACAAUAUACCGUGUUGUUGCAUGAUGUAAUCUCAUUUCAUGUCUCAUCAAAACACAGGACAUUUUAGUCAGCUGCAGCUACUUAUAGUUUAACUGUUUAUUUUAGGAAACCUACAGGAAGACAAGAAGUGCUUAAACUUAAGGUACAGCUCAUAUAUGAAAUUCAUAGAAAUAAUUCAAACAUGUUUCAAAAUAAUGCAAACAUUAACCCAUUCGCCCCUGAACCGCCCGUAACCGCCCGUGCGGAUCCAGGUCCUUUUUACCCUUUGUGACGUCAUCAGUUUUAACGGUCAAGGACAACUUUCUUCGCUAACUUGUGCAGAGUGAAGAGAUCUUUCAAACCAUACCAGAAUGAGCACAAUUCAGUCAAGGACACGGGAGAAAGAAGCAAAAAACCACGUGACAUGGACCUGAAAAUCUCCAUGCAAAUGUUGUUCCAUUGCCCACCUACCUUUCCUUUCACCUAAUCCUAAGAUCCUAAAACCUUUCCUAAAAACUAGUCCCACCAAAAUGAAGCCUACUAAAUGCCCAGCAAGAGAAAAAAAAAAUGAGGCAAGAAAAGCGAAAAAAGAAGGGAGGAGAGAAAGCGAAAAGUAAAAGUCAAGACUGCUGUGUCACUUUUAAACCCAAAAACUAUCUCAAAAUUUUGCUUUCUGCGCAUGCCCGAACUUCGCAAGCUGAUUUUUGCAUCUGGAUCAGAAGGCCGCGAAGUGUACUACCUGUAAAGCGGUUUGUGGUAAGUUUUAGCUCUUUAUAGCAUGACAGUGACCAGAAAACCACUCGACUAGCUUCAAAACGCGUUUUUCGGCGAAAUCUCCUGGAGCGAAUGGGUUAAUAGUAAAUAUUUUGUAUUUAAUUGGUGCCAAUGGGGCAAGGGCUUUGACAUCAAACUCUGUUCAGGCGUUUUAUGUGGAUGGGCCCAGAUUUUGUUUCCUUUCCCACUUUGCAGCACCUAUUACCACUCCAUACAUCUCUCAACGUGCCGUAUACAUGUACUUGUAGUUGUCACUUACAGAUAUUGUAGUGAUAGACUUAUUUGUAUUGUCUUUAGCAUGCCAUGGAUUCCAUGUUGGCGCGGGCUGGUGUUGAUGAUGAUGUGAAAGAGCUGUCAGGUCCGACACAGGUAACUAUAACUGUGAGCCAAAAAUACCAGAAAAUUUAAUGUAAAAUAAAAUAAUGAAUUAUUUUGCUCUUAUGACUAAAACAUUUCCCCUCCAGAUUUCAGGGAGUUUGUAGUGGAGAAACUGGAGAGGGUUGCUUUCUAUGAAUGGGAUUUGGAGGAAAUAGAAGGGUAAUAUUCAAAUCAAGGAGAAAGGAUGGCAAAUUGUUGUUGCUCGUCACUACUUCAAAAAGUCGUGACUGUUCGUCAGUAGGAUGCCUAAAAUUUGUGCAAUUCCACAAUUUUUUUCGGCGCCAUUAAAUCCUAUACCAAUUGUAGAACAUUUUAGGAGGAGUCACCCACAAUGUGAGCACUGUUACUGACAAGGUGUAUGAGUAGGGCACCCUAGGAUCCCCCCCCUACCCUGAACUUCGCUCCAGCAUUAACAAUGAUUUAACAACAUCUAUUUUAUCUCGAGUAGAUUCACAACCUUCUGGAGCUGUUAAAAAAGGAACAGAACAUUUACAACGUGGCUUUCAAUGAAAUAAUUCGCCAAGUAAGUGUGGAAUUUCUAGAAUAUAAAAUUUAGUAAAUUUGAACACGGUGCAGCUGAAUUGUUGUUGCUGCUCUUUGCCCUAGGUAACGGUAGAAUGUACUGAAAGAGGAGAAUUGUUGGCAAACUUAAGGAAGCGCUAUGCAGAUCUUUUAGAUCGCAUUCCCAGACAAGUAAAAAGGUAUAUUAAGUCAUGUUUGUCAGGGUUUCCGGUUGUUUCGAUACAAAGUUGUUUUGAUACAAGUUUAUUCAGUUGAGUUGUAAAUUCGCCCUAAAUGUUUUUUUUUGUUCACGUGCAAAUUAUACUUGAAGUGAUGAAAUUUUUGUGCAAUUUCACCGCUUGAGUUCGUAUCGAAACGACUUGUAUCAAAACUACCAGUUUCCAUUUCUUAGCCUUUUUUAGUAGUCGUCAAAAAAAGGGAGCUAGAGUUGGGUGAAAAGGGGAAAAUGAUGAGAACGCCGCGCGCACGCGAGGAAGAGGACACGGAACUUGCUGCUGUCUCACUCACGUGGUAUGCAUUAGCGAGAAACAGGCACCUGGCGAGCCCGCGUGAAAAUUACUCCUCACGCAAGGAAGUUUCACAUCAUAGUAGUGCAGUUGACGUCAAAGGCUGAAAUAUACCAGAAAGUUUGCUUAGUCCCUAGUCACUAUUCCGCGCGGGCAAUUGACCGAGAAGGCCUGGGAAAACACGUACAAAAAAGUGUGAACUGAUGCACGUGGUGACCUGUUGUUUUGCUCAUAAACCAUUAAAUUAAAACUAUUUUAGGAUUUAUGAGCAAAACAAAAACCACGAAAUCAUGACGACGACGGCAAAGCGAACAUCCAAAAACAAAUUUGUUUUUUGAUGGCACACAAUUGAUUUUUUGAUGUAAAAUAUACAUUAUAAAAGCUACAUGAUCUGAUUAGUAGGCUUCAUUAAAACUAAGUGAGAAACCUCGAGUGUUAGUCACUGAUUCUCUGUUAUAUAAUUUUUUUUUCAAUUGCAGUCUUCAUCAAGAGGUUAUUGCUCAGAGAGCUUUAGACAGGUACGAAAACAUCAUCUGUUUUUUAACAGUAGCCUGUAGCCCUCGGGGAGUGGGAAUGGGCCCUUACCCCCACCCCCUUGGGGAGCUUGCUUGCCGGCUAUGUAAGCUGACGUUCGUAGUCGAACUGAAAGUCUCCAAAAUAUGUUAGACUGAUUUCUGAUAACUAAUUUAUUUUGAACAGGAGAUUAACAGAAGAACUUGUGCGAUUCAAAGCGUCCAUUAGCUCUCUGACAAGGUUUGUUUUUAACUUUGUCAUGAUAUUUAAACUUUAUUUUAUUUUGUUUGCUUCCAAAAUUUAUCUCGUUAAGUUAAAUAGCUUUGAGCGUAAGAAAGAUCCUUCGACAGGCGAUCAAUGACAAUACAGUGAUUAUCUUUCCUUUGUUUGUUUGUCUUUUCUUGUUUUCAACAGCGAGCUUGCUUCAGUGAAAGCUCAUGAUCGAGAGAUAACACAACAGGCUAAACACGCCCAGGAUGAGGUAAUUAACGAGAAACGCAACUGUACAGUCGCUUAAAGAUUUUUUCGUGGCCUUCACGGGGACAUUAAUUUCAGCAAAUCUGCCACGUGAUGUAACGUGAAGCAACUAUCCGCGUUCAAACUGAGCACAUGCAGGUGCACGUGAUUUAGAUUUAGAGUUGUGUUUGUGCACGUAAAGAAGGUACGGCACGAGCUCGUGGACUGGUAAGGCACGGAAUAUUUUGUUAUUUAGCAACUCAGCCAUCAGUGAGGUCGACUUUUAAACCAAAAGUUCUUUUUCUGGGCGAGGGGGCAAUUCACAAUGUUACUGCUAGACCGCAGAAAAAAGUGUGGCAAUUUAAAACCAAAGCAAUCAUUUAUACAUAGUUGAUAUGCAUCUGCUGAUUGCUUUCUUUUAGCUAGAAGAUGCUCUUAAAGAAUCUGACAAGAAUGCAAGGUAAUUAUGGCUUCAUACUUGUGCUAAUCCCCGCUCUUUGCCCGCUUAGCUCUUUGGGCCUGUUUACACGGAGGUCGGGGACCCCAGAUAGGUGAGGUAACAUGAGGCGGGUCGUCCCACCUAUCAUGUAAACGUGAUCAAAUUAAAAUGAGAGAUAUUAUUUGGACUGGCGGGUUACCCCACAUAAGCAGGUUAUCUCACCUUCCUGGGGUCCCCCACCUCCAUGUAAACAGGCCCGAAGUGACGUUUUCGCUGCCAUGGCCAUCGUGGCUGGUGGCCUGUCGUGUUGACCACUCGGCCAAACUGCCUUCUGUUCGAUCCGCAUUCGUUAAAUAGCUCUUGAGAGCUUGUAGCAGUUCGAAGGUAAACUAGUGACUUUUAUUUUUUGUGCCAUCUUUCAGUUUGAUAUCAGAAUACCAUGACUUGUACGAAUUACAGAGAAAAAGACUGGAAGGCUUAGUUGGUAAGUGGUGCUUGAUUCCUAAACCAGCCGACAGGAGAGCAACAUUCAGUCAAACAAGGUUUGAACGCAGUGACUGAAAACAAAAGUAGAUUCAUGUGAGGUAGUUUUUCCAACACGAGAAAGAGACUUUUAUUUGAUUUUCAAUAUUCGAGAAGCAGAUUGAAAAACUAAGGCGCUUGUGGCUAAAAUAUCGUAUAAGUCUUGCGAACGUUCAGUAUAAUAGAUUCUUCUGUCUAAUGUAGAUGGUUGUAAAACCAAAGACCAAGAAAAUGCCGUCAAAUGCUCAAAGGCGGGUGGUUUACCUUUAAAAGUUUUGAACAGUUUGACAUUAUUUCCACGGAGAAGGAAAUUGCUGUUUAUUUAUUAUUUUAAGAAACGUUGAAUGCUUUAAACCGUCCAUUUCAGGUGAAGUUUCUGGGAAAAUCGGGCGUAAGGGACAGACAGCCAAUUGUGCCAUUUCAUUUUCAUUGCCUAUACUCUCAUGGACCAUAGUUCUCGACAAGAGAGAAUUGACUGGACGAGAAAUCGCCCAGUGUCAUGACUUCUGAGUGGUUCAUGAAUUACCUUUGUCAUCCUUGUAAUCCUUGUGUGACUAUAGUGGUAACUUACAAUACAGGUCUCGUCCACACGUAUCCGGAUAUCUUGGAAAAAGGAGAUUAUUUUUUGCGUCGCCUCGAUCGCAUCCCUUUCUUGGCAUGCGCUGUAUGAUGUAUGACAUCGUGGUAUUCGAAAGUAACCUCCGUUUUUGUCCUUCCACACGAAAAAAAAUAUUAAAGCCAGCGUUUUCGAAAAACUCCUUUCUAGGGACCGGUUUCGAAAACCUGCAUUUUUGGUGCCCGAAAACUUUAUAUACCUGUGCACGGAAGUCCGCGGAGUAAAUUGUCUUUGUUUUCAAAAAUAUCUGAAUACGUGUGAACGGGACCUAAGAAUCGCUAUAUCCUUUGUUGUGUAGGUAAACUCACUGAAGAGCGUGAUCUGUGGAGUAGCGCAGCAUAUACUCUUUCCUUGAAGGUUACGGACAAACACUCGCUCAACACUGCUAAGAAACUGCACCUCUGCGAAAAAGCUUGGGCAAAAUUGAGCAAACACUUUGCCAUUUUCUUGAGUGAAAAAGAUAGUAUACAGGUAAGUGUUAGUGAGGCACUUACCCUUACGGGUGAUGUUCGAUAUACCAAGUCACUAUUGACUUGGUAUAUCGAACACUAUAAACACUAUUGUCAUAUAAACCCUAUUGUCUCGUUCUAUUGUGUGAAGUUUAUUAUUGUGUUUGUGUAAGUGCUAGAACUCAUUGUUGUGUUCUUUGUGACGUAACUCGAGACUUGCUAUUCACUUGGUACAUCGUGAACCAGCCUACCCUGGCUAUAGAGUGAACAAAGAAAGAGAGAGAGAUUGUGACUUAUUUUGAAGUCUUUGAAAAAGACUUUGAAAAAGACUUAAUUGCACUGUUACCUACCCAACGUACGAAAGGUUUAGUGUACUCACGUAGAGCGCAGGUGNUUCUAUUGUGUGAAGUUUAUUAUUGUGUUUGUGUAAGUGCUAGAACUCAUUGUUGUGUUCUUUGUGACGUAACUCGAGACUUGCUAUUCGCUUGGUAUAUCGUGAACCAGCCUACCCUGGCUAUAGAGUGAACAAAGAAAGAGAGAGAGAUUGUGACUUAUUUUGAAGUCUUUGAAAAAGACUUUGAAAAAGACUUAAUUGCACUGUUACCUACCCAACGUACGAAAGGUUUAGUGUACUCACGUAGAGCGCAGGUGAGAAGGGCUGAAAAGUUAUGCGUGCAAAUCACUGCGGAAAUUACGCUUAGGCGUUUACGUCUUAGUCUCGGACAGGCGCGUCUCCAAAAGGUGAAGCAAUGUAAAUGUAAGGAUCAGGCUUGCCAGCCUGUCUUAAUAGGAUGCAGGGGAAAAAGUCAACGAAGUCAUACGUCGGUCCCAUAUGGUACCCUGCGAACUUUCAUUUCUGUCCUGAAUUGACCGUUUUCUAUCGUUAAGUGUACCUAUUUAACAAUUCUUUUCGAGUACGAAUUGAAUAUGAGACGGUAGAUAUCGCUGAGUUGGCCAUAAUCAUCUCAGAUCCAACAAGCGCGAGUGGAAGAACGGUUUUAUUAGCCUUUUCAGGAUUUCUACGUCUGACUAAAGUUGAUAGACGACUACUGAACCAAUUGCCCUGAUGGCAAGGGAUGAAUAUUCUUGUCCUGCAAUGAAAAGAGCUUGCGAAGAAGUAAUAGAGAAGCGCGAUUUGAUAGUUGUAACGCACGCAAAUGUUCUGAAGAUUUCACAAAACUUGCGCGCGACGUUCCAAUUUCUCCACUAUGACGUCAUAAUGACAUGACGCGCGCGCUUGUUCGGACAAACUGUAUGUUUUUAUAAAGGCAACCAGUAUUCAUCCCAAACUUGCACUGCCCUUUUCACAGUUAUGUUUUAGGGAACACUCAAACAAGCAACUAAAGAAAACUUUCCACUUAGCCUGGAACACGAAGAGUAUCCAGUAUCUAAAUACGUGCAGGGUUUCUUUUUUUUUUUCAAGUGUUUUGCCAUUUUCACCAAGAUGAUUGUACAUAGAUUUUUUAACUGUCUCUGUAUUCAAAUUUCUUUUUAUUUUAGCCCAUCAAAGUAUUUCAACUCGUAUUCUUAUCACUUCGCUUGUAGCUCGAGAGGUUGACGCAUCAUGUACAGAGAUGGCGAGAACUUUCGGAUAAGUUCAAUAAAAGUUAGUGAACAAAGAAAGAGAGAGAGAUUGUGACUUAUUUUGAAGUCUUUGAAAAAGACUUUGAAAAAGACUUAAUUGCACUGUUACCUACCCAACGUACGAAAGGUUUAGUGUACUCACGUAGAGCGCAGGUGUGAAGGGCUGAAAAGUUAUGCGCGCAAAUCUUGUGCGGAAAUUGCGCCUAGGCGUUUACGUCUUAGUCUCGGACAGGCGCGUCUCCAAAGGGUAAAGCAAUGUAAAUGUAAGUAUCAGGCUUUCUAGCCUGUCUUAAGAGGACAGAGGAGAACGAAGUCAUACGAAGUCAUACGUUGGUCCGAUAUGGUACCCUGCAAACAUUCAUCACUAUCCGUCUUUUGGCCUUUUUCUAUCGUUAAGUGUACCUGUUUAACAAUUCUUUUCGAGUACGAAUUGAAUAUGAGACGGUAGAUAUCGCUGAGUUGGCCAUAAUCAUCUCAGAUCCAACAAGCGCGAGUGGAAGAACUGUUUUAUUAGCCUUGUCAGGAUUCCUACAUCUGACCAAAGUUGAUAGACGACUACUGAACGAAUUGCCCGGAUGGCGAGGGAUGAAUAUUCUUGUUCUGCUAUGAAAAGAGCUUGCAAAGAAAUAAUAGAGAAGCGCGAUUUGAUAGUUGUAACGCACGCAAAUGGUCUGAAGAUCUCACAAAACUUGCGCGCGACGUUCGAAUUCUCCACUAUGACGUCAUAAUGACAUAGCGCGCGCUUGUUCGGACAAACUGUAUGUUUUUACAAUUGAAAGGCAACCAGUAUUCAUCCAAAACUUGCACUGCCCUUUUUACAAAUAUGUUUUCGGCAACACUCAAACAAGCAAUUAAAGGAAACUUUCCACUUAGCCUGGAACACGAAGAGUAUCCAGUAUCUAAAUACGUGCAGGGUUUCUUUUUUUUUUCAAGUGUUUUGCCAUUUUUACCAAGAUGAUUGUAAAUGGAUUUUUUUAACUGUCUCUGUAUUCAAAUUUUUUUUAUUUUAGCCCAUCAAAGUAUUUCAACUCGUAUUCUUAUCACUUCGCUUGUAGCUCGAGAGGUUGACGCAUCAUGUACAGAGAUGGCGAGAACUUUCGGAUAAGUUCAACAAAAGUCUUGUUUCCUCUGAGGAGGAGAUGAUAAACAGAGUAAGUAUUUCAUAUUUUCGAUUAAUAUACAGUAUAGUAGAAUCCUCAUUUCUCGAACCUUAACAAAUUCCUGAUAGUUCGAAACAGCCCUAACGUCCAUUCACUAGUCGACCAUUGUAAAGAGAGCGAAGUCUUGGAUGUAUAUCAGUGGUUUAUGUCAAAACGAGACACGUAAAAUCGUCGUACAGUUCGACAAUAUUUCGGCCUUAAGGAAAAUAAUGGGCUACUCGUAGUCAACACUUAACCCUUCACUUCUUAGGAGUGAUUAUCGUCCAAUUUCUCCUUAAAAUAUCACUGCAAAUCUAACCUUCAUGUUCUGAGAAUAAAUGAAAUGAUGAGCAAGUGAAAGUGUUAUUGAAUGUUUAGCAAAAUCUCCUCAUCAUUACCAUAGGAAAUAUUUUGGGUACAGUAUAGAGAACAUACGUGUUGUGUUAGGGUAAAAAGGUUAAACUGUAUAGCGAAAACAUUGUAAGCAUAUUACCUUUUUUGCGAAGUUCGUUAGUACAUUUGAACGCCUUGUUGUUGUCGGUGUCAGCGAUGAACCCCAAAAACAAAUACAAAUCGCUUCAUGUUUAUAUACCAGCAGAAAACAGUAACAUGUCGCAAACAUAAUAAUCUGAUUAAGCAACUUCAUCUUAUUGGAAGUUUGUUUAUGGUUUUUAACCUUUACAAACAAUACAACUUUUCCUCUAUUAGGGGUUAUAGAGUAGUGCUAUGUCAUGAAUGGUUGAGUGAUAAUAUUAUUGUUUAAUGCAGCUUAAAAGAUUGAUCGCUCAACUUCAGAAGUGGAAAAAGGAGUUUCAGAAAAUUGUGAAGUAAGUAAAAGUUACUAGACUUCUGCUUUAUUUCCAAAGAAAAGAAAUGAUGUUGAUGAUGAUGAUGACAGGAGCUUAUAACCCGGAGCGAGCAUCGUCCAUGCGCUCGUGUCACGGCGUUUUCACGGACCAGUUUAUUUUUAGAACGACUUUGGCGUGAAUUUUUAAUAUCUUUUAAAUUCCACAAACGAGUCAGCAAAACCUACAGACUUAAAAAUGAUUUUUUGCCUUUUAAAUGAGGUUUAGUUUUCCUUUUUGAUAUCUUAUACUUUGAUUGCGCUCACAGACAUGGUGGAGGUCUAUGUUUGCGGGAUAAAGUGCCCUAAAAUGUGUUUAAAAAUAAACGGGUCCGUAAAAACGCCGUGGCAUAGGCCUAGUAUGGGAGUUGCUCGCUCCAGGUUACGGGCUCCUGUGAUGAUGAUGACGAUGGUGAUAGUAAAGGUGGUGAUGAUGGUGAUGGUGAUGGUGAUGAUUCUUAAUCACAGACGGGACCAGUACUUAGGGUCAGGAAAUAAUCAAGGGCUCGACCCAGGUAAUGUCGGCCUGUCAAGAAAAGGACCACGUACAUUAGUGUAUCGGGCCUUUGAUACUUAUUGAUGUCACGUGUCCAAAUAAAGUUGAUUGGUUCUCUGUUUGUUGUGGCUCGGCUUGGCCCGGCUUAGAUGAUCACGCAAAAGUGGCGGUCCUUUCUGCAGUAGGCAAAGUCAAACCUUGUCCUCAAUUGGUACUUCACACCAAAUACAUUUACACUAAAAGAAAGAUAUUGAAUUUUUUACGAUUCUUGAGAUGCACUUGUAAUUUUUGUCCAUACUUUGGUUUCUUUGUUGUUGUACAGUUAUGAUGAUGGUAGCGUUCGACCUCCCGAUGGACAGUUAAUCAAAAAUCUGUUUGAAGACCUUAAAACUUGGGAGGAGACGUUAAAUCAAGAGGCAGAGCAUUUUACAGGAGAAACGCUACUGUCUCGUGAAGAAGAGUUGUAUCAGAUGAACAAAGAAGUGGAUGGGUGGACCGAUGUGGCACUCAAGGUAAAAAGCAACAAGUUUAACAAGUAAACAACUAGGCCUCAUGUGUUCAAAAACUCGACAGUGCUAUCCACCUGAUAAAUUACUACUGCUAGUGGAUAAGUAUUAGGGAAACAGAUUGCACCUUCCACUGGGUAGAGAGCGAUUUAUCCGGUGGAUAAUGUUAUGCACCUUUUGAACAACUGGGGCCAGAAGUAUACGUCAGAGGAAGGGGACUAGGGUACUAUAGGUUCUAAGGUGACUGACAAUAAGUAGUCAAACAAGCAAUUGAACAUCCAUGUGUGUGAUUGGACACGCUGUUGUCAUAUCACAGUAUCAAAACCGUCUGAGUAUCACCAGCCAAAAGGUGCAGGGAAAACAAGCGCCUACUUGCAAGUAUAACCAUCGCUGGUUAGUUUAGUUGAUAGAGCGCUGGUCUGUUGAAAAGGAGGCUGCGAGUUCGACCAUAUACUAUCCAGGGUGAAAGAAAAACCUGGGGGGAGCACGCUGGGUGUCGGUUAAGCCUCUCUCUCUGUUCAGGUGGCCUCGUUAUUGGGCGGUGACUUAAGGUAUUCACCUUCGACUUCCUCAACCUUGCAUAUCAAUCAGUUGGGAUAGGAGUGGGCCCCGUCGCCAUGGUUUGUCUUACCUGUGCCGCCAGUGGUUAGUUGUGGCGUGGCGAAAUGUCGGCUGUUUCUAUAAAGCCGAGCGCAAUCGGUGGCACCUGGAAAGCAGGAUCAGACAAGCUGUCACUACAGUCUUUGUAUGAUCUUACUCCCCCCCCCCAAUUAUCCCCUGAAAUGACGUCAACCUCGCGCAAUUCCUAGCCACACGGAGUUUAGCGGUUUGCUACAACUUUUUAUUCUAUUUUGGCCAUUUUUGACUCUGAUGUCUCCUUACCAAAACGAUAUGGUUUUUCAGGUAUUUAGCCGUCAUCAAUCGCAGGAUGGAACAAGAUGGCCACAACAUGAGGUCAUGUUACAGCUAAAUGCUGAAGUAGACAGAUUACAACAGCAGUAUCACGUGAGAAUAAUCGGUGAAAACGGUGUCGCAAAAGGGAUCAUUGACCUUGUUAAUCCAAUAGAAACAUGGUAGGCAACUUUGUUUUGUUUUUGCUUGUUUGAUUGGUUUUUGUAAUGUUAAAUGGCACCCAACGCAUUGUUUUUAUGAAGUGAAUAGAUAUGAAAGAAUGAAUGAAUUAACUUAGUUUAUACACUGUAAUAAUUUCAGCAUGCAGUUGGAUUUCAAACUAGCCGUUAACCUUUGUAAUCUUAUAUAAGAAACUAAACUGUUUAUAAACAAAUAUUAAUAUGUAGAUACCUUGUUAUGUUAUCUAUAAACAAAAUCUGAUCUAAUUUGAUUCAUUUUUAGGGUUGUUAUUUCUCAAAAACCCUCUUAAACUAUCUGAUGUCUUCGUACAUGAUUUGAAAGUGCAUUCCAAUGCUAUUUCCCCGCGAUGAGAAAAUGAUGUUUUUAACGAGCUCUUUUAGGAGUGGGCAACUGCUUGUCGAACCCACCUGUUACCUCACUUGUCUGGGGUGCCCCACCUCCAUUUUGAACUGGCCCUCAGAGGUCAGAUUAUGAAGCACAGUUAAAUACUCAGAUAAUUCUUAUUUUGCCCACGGAAUUUCAAACGCGUGCGCCCUCGAUAUUUCUCCUUUUGCCCUUAAAAACAGGCGCUUGCUACGCAGGCUUGGUAAUUGCUAAGAACGUAAAUAAACUGUAGGCCAAAACAAACAAAGCCUCAACGACCAAAUUCUCGUGACAGGGUCCUUCUAUUUUCCUACCGAUGUCUAUAGGGGAAACAAACUGAACACUGUUCUAAAUGGAGGUGAAAUGCUACUGGACACGGACUGGAUACGACUCGCCGAUCAGGUCAGUGAAGAGUGGGCUGAUCACCUGACCGAAACUCUCGCUCUGAUUGGUUCAACACAAAAGGAAAGUGCACGCUUGAGCGGCGAGGUAGAAAACCCAGUAGACGUGGAAGACGUGUUUAAAAACACAGUCAAAUGGCUGUCUGCUACGACGAACAGCAUUGAUAACGAAGACGCGAAAAUUGUGGAAAGAGUAAGUAAUGCGUUUCCGAUAUUUGACCUUUUUAUUGCCAGACUGAUAAAGGAGAAAUUAAAUGUAGUUAGGAACUUUUGAAUCUAUACUUAAAUUGGAAACUCCAGGACAGCACGUUUUGCACGAUACCGUUACAUUUUUAGACUUUUGCAAAAUUAAAAUUGUCAAUAGUUUUUCUUGAGAUAUGAUCACUCUCGGGAAUAACAAAGUUAGCAAAUUGAAAUUAUACAAAAAUGAAAUAGAAGAAGAGAAAACUUACUUAAUGAAGGCUUUCUCUCAAAAUUGUUUGUGUACAACUCCCAUGUAACGAAUCUUCGUUAUGGCGAAAAUAUUUUGCCAUUCCCUUAUAGCCAACCCUGCGAGCGGAGGCUACAUUUUUGCUGUGUGAGCUGGCGUGCGCAAAGUAGCCUCUGCCGACAACCGUUCAAUUUUCUAUCGUGCAUGCGCAAAAUUUCGUCGCCUGAUUCACAAGCAAAAUUAAUCGUCAGGUCUGUCGUCAAACGGCGCGAGUUUCGUGGGAAUAAAAAAAUUGCGACAACUCUGAUCUGCUACGAAAGACUCAGGCAAUGCUCUAAACCGGUCCAGAACAGGAAAAAACCCGUUUUUUAAAUUCAUUCGUCCAGAUUUCUGGACGUAUUUGAACGGUUGUCGGCAGAGGCUACUUUUCGCACACCAGCUCACACAGCGAAAAUGUAGCCUCUGCUCACAGGAUACUUAAAGCCAUUUGUUACAUCGAGGUUCCACUGUAACCGUAUGUAUUCCUCAGCUUAUUAUACUCUGUAAUUUCAGGUCACACAGGUACAUAGCGCCAUGAUCCGGUGGAUGAUCACCGUUCUUCUUCGUCUAACCCCAGAUAUGGAGGACAAGGAAUUGGAAGAAAUAGACAAACAGACUGGCGACCAAGAAGUGGACGCGUCGCUGGGGGGAGGGGAGAUCCUGCUUCAGGCCAUACCUGAAGAGAUCUGUAACAGAGCGCAGAGGCUGUUUGAACAGCUCAGAGCGUUUUCGGUCCUUUUGACAAAAUGCUGUUCUGAUCUGGUGAUUGACUUAAUGCAGGUGGGUUACAUGCAUAAUACAUUGUUACACAGCAGAAAUUCCAUCCAGAACAGUUCACCCUCUCAUAGGCUAUUGAGAUCACAUGACAUCGAACAAUGAAACAAUUUCCCGACUUAAGUCCUCAAGCGGGAAACAUCUCAAUUUUUUCCGUAAAGCGAGUUCUAAUUGGCUAUUGGCGAUCACAUGAUAUUUGACAAUGACACCACUUCCCUGCUUAAGUGUUCGAGCGAGCAACAUCUCAAAAAGCGCGCAAUCUCAUUGGCUACCUCGAGGUCACAUGAAAUCUAACAUUAGGCUAUCAACUGUAUAUGAAAUAAAGAUUUUCAAAUAAUGACUUUUCGACUCUGGUCUUUCCUCAAACCGAUAAAGAAAUUGUUUUUUUGUUGUUGUUGUUGAUUUUUUAAAUAUAUUUAUUGAUAGUCACAUUAAUUAUAAUUACAUUUACUAUACUACAAAAAGAACACUUUAACAAUAGACAUUAACAGAGUAAAGCCAAAUUAAUUGUUAAAUUAUUACAGGGCUAAAAGAAAUUAUGAAGAAGUACAACAGGACAAUGAAAUAAUACGGAGUUAAUAAAGUUAACUUAAGUAAGGCGUCAGUAUCCACUUUCUUUUAAAGAAUUCUUUGUUGCUGAUUUUUUCUUCUAUUUCAUAUUUAGCGAUGAUCUUGGCUCUAAAACCAUAAAUGACCACACAGAUGAUCAACGAUAAAGAAAUUGUUGAUCAUCUGUGUGGUUCGUGAAAGUCGUUCAUAUAUCUCCUACUGGAGAUACACUAUUUGAGGAACUUCUGGUAACCAAACCGAACGAAACGUGAGAGAGAAAAAAAGAAAGAUUUGUUAAAUCGAAAGCGUUCCUUGAUCGUGGUGAUAUGUUACGCCAUUAAACUUGAAGUGCUGUUAUUUUCCCUCCCAGUUAUCACCCUAAAUGCGGUGUUAAUGCAGAGAUUUGCAGCAGAGGUUAACGGUAUCAUACACUUGUGCACUCAUUUCAUCCUUCGUUUUUAGGAACGGCGAGAUCAGGGUGAUGAACACGCGGAUAUGGAUUUCAAAGAUCUUAAGCGCCUGUCUGUAGAAUGCGAGGGGUGGAUACGAACAGCUGGCCUCCUUAUUCAAGACGUUAUGGGCGAUGACUUUGUUUUCCAGGAUCUGUCAGCUGUUAAGAAGGAAAAGGGACCCGACAGAGCGGUCUCCACUGACUCUAAAGCUACUGGUGGAGAGGUAAUUUUCAUUUUGUUGUAUCAGUCUUGUCUGCGUAUAUUGUAAACAGAACCUUUUUUUUCUUCUUUUCAUUUUGCGCUGAAAAUCGAUGAAAUCACUCUCGUUCGAUUGCGAAUCUUCAAUCUUGGAGUUUGGUGCGAACGAAACUAUCGGAGCAGACGAUUUACUUUUGUUAUGGAGACUGAUUUUUGCAGCGCAUAAGAAAUAGAGAGGCUAAUUUCUCAAUCCAGUACUCUUGGGUCAGUAAAAUCUAGUGAAAUAUUUCAGUGCUUACGGUAACCCCCAUUCAUAAUACUUUAUUAAGGCUACCUCUAUAAAAAGGAGACAGCGUGGAUGAGUAGUGAGACAGCGCUUCGGACUUUGACCGUUUGAUGCCGGGAUUUGUUCACGGUAGUCCAGAGUUCAAAUCCUCUACCACAGGUGUAAACAGCCAACUACCAGUGCCUUCUUCCAGUUGGGGUUUUGGAUCCUGUUAUGUUCUAUUUGGAUUAUUUGUUUCUAAUUACUUGAGUGUCAGCAAAUUAGCUGGGUAAGCAAAGUGUAUUUCCCACUUAAGACAAAUCUUCAACCUUCUUUAACCUUAAUGAAAUAUGGUAUUAUCUAAGGGCUGCAUUUAGUUUAGUCGUCAUUCUAUUUGCCGCUAACAGACUCCCCUUUUGGGAUAUAAGGUUAAUGGGAAGCGGUAAGCAGAAUGACGCUACCUUUCUAAGUAGCUUUUGUGAUGGAGUAAACUGAACCUUAUUUUCCAAACAGUCACAAGAUGAAGACAUCAAACAACCGGAAAAUGCUCAGCAAACAGAUCAACAAGCUACAGCCGCUGAACAUCAGGAACCUGAAAAACCGGAAGUCAAAACUGUGUUGGCAGAAGACUCUGGGAGAAUAGAUGCCCCUAAAAAGUCUGCCGAGGAAUCCCAUGUGACCGCGCCCACUAUUGAAACCAGUCACCAAGAAGCAAAAGAGGAGACUGGAGAAAGGCCUGAAGAAAGGCGCGAAGUUGAGGCUGGAGACCAGGACCAGGAUGAGUCCCGGAUGCAUGUACUGGGGCAUGACGAUAAUAUAAGGACCAAGUCCCUGGAGGAGCUACCUGCAGACCAAGUAAGUUGAAGCUAUGAUAUUAGGGACCAUCUCCCCUCACCUGUAGAUGAAGGUAUGGUGAACACUUCAGGUUGUGAAGAAAAAAAAGACCGUAAUUUUGAAAUGAUUUCUUUAUUAGAUAUUUCACUUGAUGAGUUCAGGAUACAGUUGAAACUCUCCACUAAGGCCACUUUGGGGGCAGUAGAAAGUGGCCAUUGUAGAGAGGUUUAAACUAGAGUGAAUGUAUGGACUGUCCGGCAAAAAAAAGGCCGUUGUAGAGAGGUAGCCGUUAGUGGAGGUUCGACUGUAUAUACUGUUGUUAAAGCAUUUCCGUUUUCUUUUUUUAUUGCGUGUAGUUGUAAUUCUAACAAAUAAAGUGAACUCUGAAUCUCAACAAACGGGUACCUUCAAGUUUCAAGUUUAUUGUUUUGCCACAAUAAAAAACAUAAAGUACCUAACGAAAAAAAAUUAAUGCAUGGCGAGGAAAUCCUAGGGAAACCACUGGGCCGCUCAAUUAAUUAUUUAACGAAAUAUUAACCUUUGGUUAGUUUCUGCCUUCCUUCAGCCAUUUUUCUCGAGACUCUCUAUAACGCAGACAUCUUUCUAUUACGAACACUUAGGACUGCUCCCAGCGGUGGCCAUCAUAAAGGGAGUUGACGGCAGAACCAAAUAGCAGCUCCGCUUUAAUUUGUUAGUCACCCCUCUGAUUAAUAUUACAACAGAAUCAGAUGGCUAGAUAAUAUCAAAAGAAACACUUCUCUGUUUUGUAGGAACUGGAACAUCUCACUGUGCCCGAGGGCGAAAACCAGCAACCUGGUAAGUCUGUGGAGUUUGCCAUCGUUUAAGGCGAGGCGCGUUUGCCUUUUUUUCUGCUUCAGUAAACCCACUUAUCUCUACACUGUCGAUCGGAAGUAAACGGGUUUCCUCUUAUGUUUUUGUUUUGUUCUUGUUGCUUGUAGCGCGCUCACCGUCCCCUGACACUAAGAAAGCCCUGGAAGCUUUAGCUGCGGUGGAAAGACUUCAGGCCCAACUGCUGUAAGUACCUUUUUUUCUUUACUUAUUAAAUUAAAGUACAGGCGGAAAAUCCAUGAGCCACUGGUUGAGGUUUAAUAAUUAAACUAAUUUUAAGUAAAACUUUCCUUUUCCUAACAGGAGCUUAUGAGCCAAGCGAAGCGAACGCGGCAUUUUGCGCGAAGUGCGAGAUGAGGUAAGAAGAGAAGAUAAAGCGCCUGUUACCAGUCCAUUAUUCUGGCUCUUCCGCCCACCUAGGCCAACAAAAAUUGAUUGACGGCGGUGAUGUCAAAAGGACCAAUCAAAAUACGAUCCAUUAUUCGCGCGAAAAUUGUCACCUUUCUGGCGACCAGAAACACCCUCAGUAGCAUAAACCACAGGACAUGAUAAGCCUAUUAGUGCAUGAAACACCUCUAAAUGUAAGACUCAAUGCAGCAGAAAUAAGAUUUGCUCAGUCGAAGUUUAGAAUGUCUAAACACAGCGGCGAGAAAGAAAAGAGGGAAAAACCUGUUGUUCAAACAAACUCUAAGGUCACGUUUUACAUUAUCACGAACUUAUGAGUCGUGUUUGGCCUGUCAAGUCUUUAUUUCAAAAUGUUGGUAAAUAAGGUUUUUUCCAAACCCAGUUAGAAGCAAUCCAAUAACAUCCUUCCUCUUUAGCAAUUUAAACAUUUCUUUAUUUUUUUCCUGGAACAUUUUGGAAAUAAACGAAGAGCGUCGUAAACAGCAUCUUCAAAAGAAUAUGACUGCGUGACGGCAAUUUUGUUCCAGACAAACAUGCUAGAAUUUCGGAGAACAACGCGCCAUCAAUUAACCAAUUGGAACGCGACAUUCAUGUAGUGAACGUGGGAAGAGCAAGAACAACGGACUGGUAACAGGCGCUUUGAUUUUUUCUCCUCCCCUAGCCUUGCGAUUCGCGCGAAAUGCCUCGUUCCGCCUCGCUUGGCUCAUAAAACGCCUGUUUACAGGCUAGUAACUGGUUUUCUUUUUCAAUUUCAGAGAGACAGAAGAACGAGCACAGACUGCAGAGGAGAGAGCCAUUCAAGCCGAAACAGAGCUAAAGCAAGCUCUAGAAAAAAUCCGAGCCCUUGAGCGUUCAGCGUCUCGCGCCAGUGCUGGAGAAUCUCAAACGCCCGCAGAAAGACCGGUCAGCACCAGCAUGUCAAAGCGAGCACCCUCUCAGGCGUCUACUGCGCAGCCUCAUUCUCCCCAGCCGCCACGCACUCCAUCCCAGCAAUCAUCACGGCCUUCAACUCGCGCAUCAACAAAGAAAAAAUAAAUAAUGGAGUGCGCUAUUAAAAGAAGCCUUUGUAAAUAGAUUUAAUGUGGAGAGAGCGAUCUGCUGUGAAUGUUGUGCUAGUUUGUUUGUAGUGCUUAAAGAAGAAUUUUUAAAAAGAACACUACAUAUUUAUUUUUUAUACUGUAUAGGGAUUAAAACGAUGUUGUACAUUGCUUGAGAAAUAUUAGUUCACCCUAUUAUUCUCGCUG